UUUUAGAACCCCCUCUUGUUAAAAUGGAAUUACCCAAACAACGCACGAAGCUGUGACGUCAGCGUUUGUGUUGAAGUAGAUAACAUUUUCGUGUCUGCAACUGCGAAUGUUGGAUAGUUUUGUUGGCUACGCCAUGGAGUCUACAUCAGACGUGUCAUUGAUUUCUUUUCAUUGUUUAUUCGAGGAUUUAUAAUUAAAAAUUUACAUUGUGUACAUUUCAGGAAACUUGAGAAGUAAAUUUAUUUCUUAUUUCUCAAAUAAGGAAUAUCACCCAUAAAUGAGCUGUGAACGCGUCAGCUGUUCCACAAUGGAGGACGGGGUUCAGAACGGUCAGGCGGGUGUAGAGAAUAGGCAUGCCAAUGUCGUUAGACGAGACAUUAAAACUGUGAUAAUUGGUGGUGGAAUAGCAGGUCUCGCAGCGGGGAAAUUCUUACAAUCGGAAGGAUUAGAUGAUUAUGUUAUUCUUGAAGCAUCGGACCGACUUGGUGGAAGAAUUUGGAGCGUCCAAGUGGGUAAGUCGAACACAGCACACCGACAUGUAAAUUGUAAUAAUAUUUCGUAACGUAUAGGCUUUUUAUUAAUAAUCUCCACUCCUUUCUUUUUAUUAGAAAUUAUCUCUUCGUAUUUUUUCAUUUACUAAACUAAAGAUUAAAAAAUAAAUUAAGAUCAAAAUACGUCUUAAAAUUAAAAGUGUAAGUGUGCUGUACUAGUACUAGUACUAUAACUGUACUUGGACUUGUACGAUCAAUUCAAAUUCAAAAUAUUUCAAUGCAAUGAAUAAUGAAAAAAAUGGGCGUAGGCUCGUAACUAUAUGCUAGUCUAGAUAGCCUUCUUUUCUACUACCACUGUAACAUAUUAUUUUAACGUCAUAACUUAAAUAUUAAUGCAAAUAAAAUAAUUUUUGGUACACAGUACAUAAAAAAUCAAUACUGUCUGUACUGUACCUGAAAGUUAAAAGUAAAAGUCAAACAUAAUUAAUAAUAAUUAAUAUAUUAUUAAAGGCAAAGGCCAUUACUAAUAAUAUUAAUUACUAACAAAAGCACACCCACCCCCCCCCCCCAAAAAAAAAACAUAAAAAAAAAAAAAAAAAAAAAAAAAGCAAAUUUCGUACUCUGAGUCAAUCUCAUUUAAUAAAAUAAACAUUUAAUAUCCAUAGUGGACCAUUGGACUGUAGUAGUAGUUCUAUAGGUGCAAGGUGAAAUAUAUCUGACUAUCAGUGAUUAUGAUUAUACUAAAACUAUAUCUACUCCUAAGGCGUUUGCCUUAUAUGAAUCUAAGUCAAAUCAUAUACCGGUAACUAAAACUAUAACCACGAUGAGGCAUUAGUAUUGCAAUCUCAGAUGUUUCAAAUUUCUCCUAAUUAUUAUGAUAGAUCAGUUUAAAAUCACUAUCACUUAUGCAGAAAAUACCUGUUUUGUUUCACUUCAAAAGAUUUUCUUUUACAAUGUACUACAAGGUCUCAUAUUUUUAUAGAAGUAGAAGGUCUUACAAUUAAGGACAAUUCAUUUUGGUGUAAGGUUCACAUUUUUACACUGUCCAUAAAUAGGUAGAUAAAAAAAAAAGCUCUAUUCAUCUUUUAUUUACUUUUAAUUUAAGGAAACAUUUGAGGUCUACUAAUGAUUAGACUUAUAUUCAAUUGUACUUAAUGGUCAUGGAGACCUCAUCUAUCAUAAAGGCAUUAAGGUAUUCUUCUUAAAGAAAAAUAACACCCAGGUCAAAGCAAGUAACCAUAAUUUAUGAUUCAUAUAUUUCAAUUAUCACAAUUCACUUUAAAAAUUAUAUUCUACUAAAUAAUUAUCGGUAUAUAGAAAUAUUCCUGCAUUUUGUUAAUGAAAUGUGUUUUUAGUAAUUUCCCAAAGGGGCAGUAAUAAGUAAAUAAAUACUUUAAAUACGCUAAAACAUAACUGGUUACUCACCUUUGAUUUAAGACUAAAAAAAAAAAAAGGGAUUACCCUACACUUCAUAUAAAAGAUCCUCAGUAUUAACAUAGACAUAAACUGACAUAUCUAUGCAUGAAACCUAAAUUUAAUUGGGUUGCAUGCGUCAGUUAUGUUAAAUAUAACCUAAUUUUGAGUUGAUUUCGCCCUGUUGCUGUUUCAACAGGGAUAAAAGUAACAUGGGUAGAAUUCUUUCAUGACCCAUUAGGCAAUGAAAGUUAAUAAAGCAUCCAAUUUUGACCUGGUCAAUAUCCCACUUUGUUGCUACUGGUGCUUUCUUCGCCAUUGGUAAUAUUAAUGGUAGUAAUGGUAUUUACAAUAAAUUAAAAAAAGGUCACUGACACAAGUCUUAUGGUGGGCAUCACAUUGUAGAUCAUUUUCAUUGUUUACUAUAUGUUAAGAGAUUUUCAAUGUCUAAAUUUUAAUGUGUACAUCAAAGAGCACUUCGGUUCACCGGGAGUGAGGGGGGGGGGAAGGGGGGCUGCUUUCGUUCCUCUCUAAAGCUCCUUAUCUACUUUACUUUUGGUUGUUACCCGUUUUUUGAAGUCUAGUACCAGUAUUUGUAUUUAUUUGUUUUACAAAAACAUUUAAGUUUGGCAUGAUGCAGUUUUUGCAUUUUUUAAUUUGAAUCUUAGCAGUUAUUGCCAAAGUUUUCUCUAGUUUGGUUAUUGUGUAUUUUUUAAUUAUUAUCUUCCCACUUGGAACAAAUGUAUGGGUUUUUUAGUGGUCCCACUUAAUUGUGGUGCAGGUGUAUUUGAGGCAGUUUUUAUUUAGGAUAUUUCUCGUAUUAUGACAAAAAAAAACAACUUAAGACACCAUGAUGUACAAGAUAAAUAAUGGGCUGGUCCACUGUUCCAGUAUUAAACAGAAACUCGUCUCUCUCCCCCAUAGACAGCGACGAGGCCAUGACAGGCAAUUCAGGCUCAUACCAGCAAGAAGCCAGUAUAGGAGCUGCUCAUUCCUGCCCAAGACAAUCAGGGACUGGAACCAUCUUUCAAAAGGAACUAAACCCCUAGUGCAUAAUUUCCUCAUCACCACCAGUAACAGAAACAUUGCAAAUCCCAUCUACAUGCAUAGGAGCCAAAAUGAUCAAUAAAUUGAUCGUGGGCCCUUAAGAUAUAGAAGAAGAAGAAUUUCAUUUUUGACACAAUUGCUGUUCAAAGAAGACCAUUCAGAACUGCAUGCAUUUUUUAACAUCAUUCUUAAAUAUCAUUAUUUAUCACAAGUUAAAUUAUUUCUGUUUGGCAUUUCAACACCUUAGAUGACAUUACAUGUAUAGUAGAUAACAUAGAAUGUUAAUAAAUAAUGAAGAUACAGACACAAAUUUUGAGCAACUUUGAAAUAAGUGAAGUUGUCAGCAAGUGAUUGUCCUAGAUGACAAUUUCUUACUGUAUUUUUGUGUUAGUUGCUCUACAUUCAAGUGCAUAUUUUUAAAUUCUUUUCCAAUCAAGACUCUAAGCCUGAUCACUCUCAAUGCAUUUCUUUAGAAAAAUUAAACCUAAAUAGCAAAUAAAAAAAUAGUCUCUGAACUCUUCAAAGAUUUAAUUUAUUUUCACUCAACUUGAAUGUCAAAUUCUACUGUAUAUUUUUCUGUUAUGUAAAAUUUUCAGAUAAUUAGAACAUUAGCUAAUAUGUUAUGUUUUUUCUAAAUCCAUGUUAAAUUGUCUGUAGUUAGUGUAUAACUAUCUUAUUUAAGAAAACACAUUAAAAAAAAAUUAUUCAUAAUUUCAGAUAACAAUGGCCACAGAGCUGAGAUGGGUGCCAACUGGAUACAUGGAGUCAAACACAACCCUAUAUACAAAAUUGCUGAUGAAAACAAUCUGCUCACAGAAAGAGAACUGCACCUGAAUAGCAAAAAUAUAUAUAUGACCGAGAAUGGUGAAACUAUUCACGAAGGCACUGUUAAAAAAGUUGACUUCGCCUAUGGCACAAUGUUAACAUCAUGUGAGGACUAUUUUAUUGAACAUACACCUAUAGAUGUAAAUGAAAGUUUAGGUGCUGAACUGGAACGUAUGAUCAAAGAAAAAUUAGAAAACACAGCUGGGGAGGAGCGCCACAUGCUGGAAUUAGUGUACCAUCAACGUCGCCUUCUGGAAUGUUGUAUAAGUGGUUGUGACAGCUUGAAUGAUGUUUCACUUUCUCAAUUUGGAUCAUAUAAGGAACUACCAGGUCGCCAUCUUGUGAUUCCGAGGGGUUUCAGUGCCAUAUUGGGUAUAGUUAAAGAAGGAAUACCUGAAGAAAAUAUUAAGCUCAACACACCAGUGCGACGCAUCCACUACGAAGGUCUUCUGAAUAACUCUGAGGAAGAAUCAGUUUGUGUAGAGUGUGAAAAUGGAGACAUAUAUUAUCCUGAUCAUGUGAUAGUUACAGUAUCUCUAGGUGUACUCAAAGCAACUUGUGAUAGGUUGUUUAGCCCAUCCCUCCCACAAAGAAAACUGGAUGCGAUUCAACACUUGGGAUUUGGUGUCGUGAAUAAGGUCAUACUUGUGUUUGAUGGGCCAGUUGUAGAGAAACCUACUCAUCGUGUUCAUCUUGCCUGGGAUCCUACUAUUAAUACAUCAGAAAAUCUCAGGGAAAGGUGGUACCGGAAAAUCUAUUCAUUGGAGGUGGUUCAUGAUAAUGUUUUAGUUGGUAAGUGAUUUGUUGUUUUUUUAAAAAUAUUUUUCAUGAGUUUUUGUUAUUUCACUUUGAAUAAGUCCCAGGUGACACUUGAAGAGCACAUCAAUGGUUACCUAACACUUUAAUCCAAUUUAAACACUUUGGGUUCUUUAAUUAGAAAAUAUUAAAUUUUCAAAAUGUGAGAAAUAUUUCGAUUAAACAUUGUUGGCUUAGUCAUAGCCAAGUCAUUGUCAUUGGUGUCCAAUACCUGUGCAUUGAUGCAUGGGGCAGUUAUUGUUGAUUGUUGCUUUUUUAUAGGUUGGCUGUCUGGCAAGGAGGCACUUUUCUUGGAGUCUUUAACAGAUGAAGAAGUAAUGCAAGACAUGGAAAAAGUUGUCCAAAUGUUCAUCGGGUCAUUGACAGACCACAUUCCAAAUUUGAUUAGGGUUAUAAGGUUAGUUAUCCUUUUGGAAAAAAUAUGUAUAGAAUAUUAUUAGUAAAUGUUCCAAAGAAUAUUUAUUUUAUAAAAUUUCAUUUCACAUUCUUUAUUUUAUCAGAUAAAAACUAGUAAAAAUUAGAGAAAAAUCUAUAUUCUGUAGGAGUGGUUUAACAAAAUAAAUAUCAUGCCCUUUUAGCUUUGAAUUUUUUUUUAAUAUUAACAUUUUAGUUAGACUUAUGUAAAAACAUAAAACAGAGCUAAAUUUGGCAAUAGAAAAUUAUAUACUGUUAUUUACAACUUUACAUAAACUUUUAAACCGUUUUGGUUAGAUCAUGUGACAGAACAAUUACUUGCCACUAUUACAAAGUUUUGAAAUAUUUUUACAGGACAAAGGGAAGCCCCAUUUCUUUAAAAAAAAUUAAGACAAUCGAAUUGUGCUUUUAGAGAAUAACAGUUAACAGCAACAAAAUGUUAUUUUUCAAUAUGGAUACUUUCACAUUUUUUAAAUUGUUUGAAAUCAUAGAACUUUCUUUAUGACAUAUAUUUUUUGUAUAGUUUACCUAAAUCUCAUGCAAAAAAGUAUAAAUUCAAUUAAAUUAGUUUUUUUUGGGAAGCUAAAUAAACUUCAAAUUAUUUUAAUAUAAUUCAUUUGAGGCAAAUGUGGCAUAUAACUAUAUUUUGAUAUUCAGCAAAAAGAAAUGACUGAUUGCUAAUUUUAUUUUGAUUUUUUUUUUCUUCAGUUUUUGAUAAUAUAUUUAUACUAUUUUUGUAGUCUUCCUUGUAUUUAUUUUUCAAUUAUUCUUUCAAACUACAGGACAUCUUGGGGUCGUAAUCAGUACACUAGAGGAUCAUACAGCUUCAUUGCUGUUGGAGCUACCCAAGAAGAUAUUGCCAAUUUAAAGUAUCCAUUGAGUAUUAAUCUACGAGAUGGCACAAAAAAGGUGAGGCUGAUUAAAGACCUAUUUUUUUUUAGAUACACGCAUACAAGUUUUAAAAUGUAUAACCGUUUCAUCAAUCUUCAACAUUUUGAACCUGAGAUCUCGAUUUUUCUGUCCGUGUGUCAAAAAUCAAAGACCUGCCAGACUCAUUUUAUUUCUAACAUAUUUCGGUGACUGGAGAGCCAUGCUGUUAGAACAUAACAUAUAUGGCCUGCAAUAUGUGUAGGCUGAAGUUCAAACCCCAGCAAUACAUAGACUACCUAAUGGAACAGCACCGUCACACCUAAGUGGAUGGGGAAUCUCAACCUUGGAUUGUUUCUCAUCUAAGGGAAGGAAAACUCAGAUUUUAAACCUCUGCUGCCUUUUGGCUACAAACCCAUUGUUAAAGGCAACAGAAAAAUAUGAGAUCGAGUCUCGUCGGCAGUAUGACAUUGCCUAAAUGAACACCUCUAUCCACUCUUGGAUGCCUCUGGUGUCAAGCGGUACCAUCUAUGUUUUCCUGGGUACAGCAACUGCAAGGAGAAGGGGUCUGCUGACUGGUAACCAGCUUAUUUGCCAUCAAUUUGUUCUUCUGAGUUCACAGAUGCCCAAAAAAAAAACCACAAUAACACACAAAAAUGUUUCAGUAAAUACUAAAGUCACAGCUGACCAUGUGACAUGUACACAGUAACCGACAUAGGCUUAGUUAUGUUUUUAGUCAAUUUUAUUGCAUUGCGUUGUGAAAAUGAAAACUACUGCUGUCCUGAAGGCUUACUGGAGCAGUAAAAUGAUUCAAAAGGGUUAUGAACAAGUUUUGGAAAAGGAUUAUUAUGAAAAAUAAAUAAAAUUGACAAUUACCUGACUUUGACUAGAGCUAGUAAUAAAAUAUGUGCUUUGUAGCCCCAGCCUUGGUUUUUAGGUAAAUCGGGGUGAAAAGGGGUUAAUGUCUAUUAGAGAGAGAGACUGAAAGUGAUUUUCUGAUUCUAACGGAAAACAAGACCUAAUGUUAAAAAUGCCUUUUGGCCGAAACUGAAAUGAAAAGCUUGACGAGACUUUAGGCCGAAAACAAAAGUUAGGUAUUUUGAAAUUCGUUCGUGUAUACAUUUUUCAUACAUGAAAAAUGAAGGUUAAAAAUAUCAGUAUUUAUUUUUUUUUAAAUAAAAAAUGGCAUUAUCUUGAAUAUUAAUAAACAUUUAAUGAAUACUUUGCCUAUUACCGGUACUAUUUUAAUUAUAAUUUAAUUUAAAGUUGUUAAAAAUUUAUUUUAAAGUAUUAUGGUAAGAGAAAAUUUAUACGGGGGUGGGGGGGGCACCAGAAUGUGACUACAUUUAGGCGUAAAUUAUACAAUAAUUAUCCUGGAAGUCUCUGAGCCAAAUGUCACCUAAAAUCUGCUAAGGCUAUCAAAAUAUCUCUAUGUUUCGCGGUUAUCAUCAUGAUAAUUCUGUGUUUUCAAAAAUAGUUAAUUGGUCUCCAAAAUCAUGAAAGUAGGCCUACUAGUAGUAGUAGUACUACAUAAAUAUUAUACGAAAUAGUAAUACAUGCACACUUGUGCUAUUUUGUCACUAAACAAUGUUUAUGAUCAUGAUGAAUUUCAAUAAAUGCAUGAAUUGAAUAAACCUAAGGUUCCUUAAUUUUUAUUUUUUAAAAAUAAAACAAAAAUGAUAAUGGCAAUUAUCAUUUCCUAGAUUCAAUGUUAUUCACCUUUACUUACUACAAAAUUAAAAUGCAUGUCACAAAUGAAUGAAUUGAAUAAAACUAGGGUUCCCAAUUUUUUUUUUCUAAAAAAUUAAAACAUUACCAUUUCUAUAGUAGUGUUUCCACAAAACUAUUUACCUUUGCCUGUUCCUAUUUAAAAUUUAAUUUUUGGAAAUAUGGGACAUGUAGGUCAUCACGCAGCAGUGUUAUACAAUGACAGCAAGUCAUGAAGCAAUAAUGAAUAUUGGGUUGCCGGCCUACUGACAGUCAGUCCGACUUCUGUUACAUUACCAGAAGCCUCAUCAAUUUUGGUCAGGCGGCAGAAAAUUUCAAUCACUUUGGCUUAAAACGAAAUUAAACCAAAAGUUAACUUUUCUGUAAUGACAAAAACUGGAAGUUACAUUUUCUGUUUCGGCUGAAGCUAUGCUGAAAGUGAUCAAAUGGCAACUUUCGGCGACUAAACUGAAGUCAAAAUUUUAUCAGUCUCUAAUGUCAUAACAUGUUACAAUUUUCUCCUUUUUGACAAGUAAAUUCUAAAAAUAGACUACAUACUACAUGCAGAUAAAUUUAGAGUAGUAAAAUCAUUAUCUUUUUAUGGUGAUGAAAUUUUGUCAUAUUUUUGUGCCUGUGCACAUAAUCUUCAGGAGGAAUGGGGCAUUAAAUAUCAUUGGUUCAAAGAAUUUAUUUGCCAAUUGAUGAAUGGAGAAUCUAACUUUGUUUAUUAAAAUUUAGUAUUGUAACCCUAAAUAUCUGUCAACAUUUUUCUAUAGCGUCAAGCCAUUUUUAGCAAUUUCAUGUGCUUGUCAAAAAUUUAAAAAAUCCCAGACUAUAUAAAUUCAUAGACCCUUACAACUAUACAUUUUCUGAAAGUACAUUGGACAAGGUAGCUUAUGGUAUGAAAAUUCCACUCACAUUUGUUGCUUGCAGUUUAAAAAAAUAAUUCUGUGGUUUUAUGACUGGUCCAUCUUUGCUCUACAUUUUCAGCCCGUCAUUUUAUUCGCUGGUGAGGCGACCCAUCAAUCUUUCUACUCAACAACUCAUGGGGCCCUUCUAACAGGAAAUAGAGAAGCUGCAAGAAUUUGCAAGAUUUGGAAGCCAGAAGAAGGUAAUUUAUUGGGACCUUAGAAACACAUGUUGGCCUACUCUACAAUACCUCAUUGCUUGAUGCUUACUAAUUGAGAUAUCCAAAGAGUAUCAUGUGGCAUUUUAUAAAUCAAGCAUAUGAUGAGCUCAGUGAGAUGUUUUAUCUCAGUUUUGUUUCUGUAAUGUUACCAACAAAUAUAUUUUGAAAAUAAAAAUUAUUAAAUUAUUGGUCUACUUCCCAUAGAAAUAAGAAAAUUGAUAGCUUGAAGAAAAUGGUUUGCCUUCGUUUUGCUUCUGUCAAACAGACAUAGUCAUGUGAAGGUGUGUCUAAAGUAAAUUAUAACCUUUUAAAACUGUAUCUCUUAUUUUGAAAUAUAAUAAUGCAUCUAAUAUUUCCUUUGUCUCAACAGCUGCUGCUGGGAGGUACUCAGACCUCGGCUUAAGUGAUACAGAGGACACAGAGGAAGAAGACUCUUCUGAUGACGAAGGUCUUAGUUUUAUGUGAUGUGUAGUUCAUUAGGUCUUCAAAAAAAAAUUGUGGUGCACUUUGUAGUUUUCAUUUGCUUCAUAUUAAACAUGUAAAAUAUUAGGAUGUAGGCAGAUUGUUGUUGAGAAAUGGUGAGAUUAAAUUAUCUAUUGUUUAUUCAGAUAACUCACGUGACCUUUAAUAUGCACUUAACUAACAGGCUCGCUAUGAUCAUCUCUUUCCCCUUAUCUAAAAUGUAGAAUGACUUUGUGUGCGAUAGGCAUCAGUGGAAAUGUAAAUGUUCCUCUUGCAUGAAAACUUAAUCAAGUGCAAGAAAGUAUUUAUUUCAACUUCUUGAAUGUUUAUAAUUGAUUCAUUAUUUACCUAUCAGGUUAUUUUUCAAUGCCGAAUGUGCAGGAGAGAGAUUUUAAUUGCUAUUGCUUUUUUUCCUUUCACCAUUAAUUUUGUAAAUGAAGUUUGUCUUAGCGUUAAAAUUUCACUAAGCUUAGCCUAAUGGGCAAGUCAUUGAACUUAAAUUUUUUUAAGCCAUAGUAAGUAUAAGGUAGGUCAUGCUGACUUUCAACUCAAGGAAUUUGAAAUAUUAUUUUGAAAACAUAGUUUACAAAUUAAAAGUUAUUGAAGAUCAAUUAAAUUUAAAAAUAGGAAAUGAAAUGAGAAAUUUUGUCGUAAGUCAUUUCUGGAGCAAUCUGUUUAAAAAUGUCUUCCAUGUUGACACCAAAUAUUAUUUUCAGGUAAAAAAAAAAUGAAUUAUUUGCUAUUGGUUAAUAAAACUUACAUCCCGCGUCAGGCAAAAAAUAAAUAUAUGUUUAGACUAUUUUUCUUCUUCACAUUUUAAUUACAUAUGUCAUAGUAUCACUAUUGUGUCAUUAGCAGUUGACUAAGUUGCAAAUAUUUUUUAAAAUGGAAUACAUUUUCAUGGGCAUUGGAUGGCUCAAUAGAAGGUAGUUGUAUUUGAGUCACUGAACCUAUUAAAUUAGCUCAAAUAAGUUAUUUUUGUGUCUGUAUCAAUGAUCUUUGUAUCCUACAAAUGACCUAGACCAUCACAAACUGAUGUAUGACUUGUUAUAGCACAGGCCUGGAUUUGGUGCUGAUUAAACUUGAUCAUUUCUAUAAAUAUGCGUUUCAUUUUUUUAAAUUUGUGUCACCUGUUGUGAUGACAUCUGCUUGACAAUUUUUUGAUUCAGUAUUUUCAAAUCCUAAAAUUUUCAUAGUAUUGACUGGAAUUCAAUGGGAACUUCAACCUAUUUUACUCUAGGUCCAUGUCACACACUUCCCUCAAGCAAGGACGAGUCUGUAAAUUUCUUCUAGAAGAAUGAGUUCAAAAGGAUAAAAAAAAGCUGGUUGAUCUGUAAUUAUGUGAAAAGAGAGCCAAGUAAAUGAAAGCCUACGUUCCUGAAACAAAGAACUUAAUGCUAACAGCUUUGAGGCGUCGUAACUUAGGAUGUGUUAGUGCCCUGGAUUCAACUGGAAUUAAAAGGUCUUAACAUCAACAUUUAGGUCUGUGAUUUCAAAUGUUCUAGUGGCCAUGUCGAUGUUUUUUUUCAUUUCAUGAAGAUGAUAAUGGAUUCAGUCAUAACAUGGAGAUAAGAUUUUUGUGAUAUAUGAUCCUUAAUUUGAAUACUUCAAUUAAAAUGUACAGCUAAAUGAUGAAUACUACUAUUUUAAUCAGAGAACAUGAUUUAUUUUUAAAAAUUGGCUCUUAAUUAUAACAUCCAAUUUGAGAUUUCAGUGGCUCUAUGACCUAGCUCUAAUUAUA